GUGGACGGAGGGAGGGGCACCUUUUAAUUAAAAAAGCAAGGCAAUAAUUAAAGGAAGAAGGGAGAACAUUUUUCUCAUUAGCACAAUUUGAAGGAUGGAAAACGAAGGCUGGAGUAGGUGUUCUUUCUGUGCAGGUACUCUGGUAUCAAUAUUGGCUACAAUUAUUCUCCUACUGCAACCUGAUAACUGCCUCGCUAAGCGACACCCACCAUGUCCUACUUCAUCAUGCGGCCAAAUUCGCAACAUAAGUUACCCAUUUAGGCUGAAAGGCGACCCAGGUCUGUGCGGCGACCCAAGGUAUGAGUUAGAUUGCGUUAACAACGCUACUCUCUUAUUAACCUUUUCCUCGGCAAAAUACCUUGUACGAGAGAUCGACUACAAGGGAUACAAAAUCGUUCUUAGAGACCCAGGUCAGGACGAGGACGCUAAUUGCUCUUUCAUCCCUCGCUAUUUCUUAUCGGCUCCGGUUGUCCCAUAUCAUUUCGCAGCGGUUGUAUAUAAUUGCCCCACUCUCUUGUUCUCGGCAGUUAGCCCAGGUGAUUUCGGAUCGGAGCCGUUCACUUGGGAAUACUGGUAUACUGUUAGAAUAGGAUACUUCAAUUGCUUGAAUCCUGUGAGUGACGAUCCACGAUAUGUUAAGGUGGACAGGAGUGGAUGUGGCAGCGGAGGGCACAUGUACGCCGUAUUAGGAUCUUUGUGUGAUGUUUUUAAUGUGAAGGACAUCAAGGUUGGAUGCGAUCUGAUGGUGGCUACGGUCUGGACACCGAAGCAGAAUGUUACCUACCACAAGUAUGGUGAGUCUGAAAGCUGGGAGGUUGAAGUGCUUGAAGGAAUAUCGGAGCGGAAUGUUACAUAUGAUGAUAUCCAACGCAAAAUAAGUGAGGGAUUUUGGUUGUCCUGGUUGCCGAUUGUUUGUGAGGAUCGAUGUGGAAAGGGGAGGGGGUGUCAUCUUAUCAAUCAAUCCAGCGGAGGAACCUUGUGUCGUAACUGUUACUACGGUUACCAUGACAGCCAAAAGUGCCGACCUUGGCAAAAGGUUUUGGGCAAUAUUGAAGCUUAUCUUGGAGACAUUAUUUAUGGAAUAGGUAGCAGAAUACCAUUCAGUACGAAACAAAUUUACGAACCUCUUGGACUGUAUGGAGGAAUAUUCAUAGGACGACAAAUUAUACCGAUAUUUUUGGCUGCCAGAUAUAUGUUUGGAGUUGUACUUAUUUUUGUGUUAUUCAUCUGCAAAUGGCGACGAAGACAUUCUUCAAUAUAUGAAAAUAUUGAAAAUUUCUUGCUNGAUAGUCAUCUAAAUCCCAUCAGGUACGAAUACAACGAAAUAGAAAAAAUGACCAAAGGUUUCAAAGUGAAAUUGGGUCAAGGAGGCUUUGGUGCUGUAUAUAAAGGAAAACUCCGAAGUGGAUUAGAUGUAGCUGUAAAGAUGUUGACCAAAUCCAAUGAUAAUGGACAAGAUUUCAUAAAUGAAGUUGCUACCAUCGGAACAAUACAUCAUGUAAAUGUGGUGAGGCUUAUUGGAUAUUGUGUUCAUAGAAAAACACGUGCUCUAGUUUAUGAAUUUAUGUCAAAUGGAUCAUUGGAUAAGUACAUUUUCUCCAAAGAAGAAAGCACUCAUUUAAGCUAUGAAAAAAUACAUGAAAUAUCUCUUGGAAUAGCACGUGGGAUUGCAUAUUUGCAUCAAGGUUGUGAUAUGCAAAUUCUGCAUUUUGAUAUCAAGCCUCAUAAUAUUCUUUUAGAUGACAACUUUGUUCCAAAGGUUUCAGAUUUUGGACGUGCAAAGCUACAUGCUACAAUUGAUGGAGUUGUGAAUAUGACUGCAGCAAGGGGAACAUUGGGCUAUAUGGCUCCAGAGUUAUAUUACAACAAUAUGGGUGGAGUAACCUAUAAAGCUGAUGUGUACAGUUUUGGAAUGCUUUUGAUGGAAAUGACAAGUAAGAGAAGGAACUCAAAUCCUGAUGCUGAACAUUCAAGUCAAAAUUAUUUUCCUUUUUGGAUUUAUGAUCAAUUUAAAACAGAGAAAAACAUUGACAUGCAAUAUGCUUCGUCAGAAGAAGAGAAUAUUCUAGUUAAAAGGAUGUUCUUAAUUGCACUUUGGUGUAUUCAAUUAAAUCCAAGUGAUCGUCCUUCAAUGAAAAAGGUAAUAGAAAUGCUUGAAGGGGUGAUUGAAAGCCUUGAAUUGCCUCCAAAACCUUCUUUUUACAAUAUUGAAGCAUACAAACAUGAUGAUAUUGGCUCUGAUGUCACCGAGUACACUUACUCUGCUAGUCAGCAUGAUGAAAGCAUAACAUCGGAUUCACCAAAGAAUAUUGAAACGGGCAUAAAUAAGAUAACUUAAAUUCAGUGUAAUGUUGAUGGGAGUAAUGGAUUAAUGUUAUAGGUUGGUCCUUGUAUAAAUUUAUUUGGUAGUGUAGACAAUUAUCGUUUUUCAUAUGUAAUAAGACAAUUAUAGUUUUUCUUAUUAUAAAAGUAGUAAGGUCUUUUU